GGGGUGGAGGAAGAGGAAAGAGGAGGGGUGAUCUCCUAACAAACAGCUGUUGCAGCUGUAGAGAGAAAAAGGGAGAAAGACCAGGAGCAGCAGCAGGAACCCGACCCCUGCAACAGCUUUACCAUGAACACCUACCUCUUUGUGUAUGACUUAAUGCAAUUCUGUGGACAUUCCUGGAUAUUUACAAAUAUGAUCAUCAGGUUCAUGUCAUUUGGAAAAGAUUCGUUGGCCGACACAUUUUACUCCAUAGGACUUGUAAUGCGCCUUUGCCAGUUGUUAUCUAUAUUGGAGAUCCUACACAUCCUCAUUGGCAUUGAUAAAAGCCGUCUGUUCCCCAGGUUUUUGCAGAUCACUGAGAGAAUAAUUGUUUUAUUUGUCGUCAUCAACAGUCAGGAAGAAGUUCAAGGGAAAUACAUCGUGUGUGUUUUAUUUUUCCUUUGGAAUUUAUUAGACGUGGUCAGGUACACUUACAACAUGUUAUCAAGGACAGGAAUAUACUACCUACCACUGACAUGGCUCAACUUCUCACUGUGCAUCCCCCUCUAUCCCCUUUCAGUUCUGGCUAAAGCAUUUGCAAUUUGUGUAUCACUGCCUUAUUUUGAGUCCUUUGGCACAUACUCCAUCAAGCUACCAUUUCCAUUCGCCUUCUCAAUCUACUUCCCCUAUGUUCUGAAAGUGUACCUGCUAGUGCUCUUUAUAGGUAUGUGCUUUAUCAUCCAGAACCUCUUCUCUGAAAGGAAGGCACACCUAGGGACAGGCAACAUCAAAAAGAAAAGAAGCUAAGUUGAUAUUUUGUUUGGAAAUAAGAAAUAUAUUCCCAGUGGCCUGCUGUCUAUCAUAGGUUAAAUGGAAUUUAGACAACUAUUUUCAAUGCAAAACUCCUGUUUCCAUGUACGUUAUCUGGCUGUGUAGAAUUUUCGGAAAAGGCAGGUCUCUUUAAUGCACCUCAAAACUGGAGCAGCUCAAAACAACUAGUUACUUUUAAAAAUUUUGACUUCAAAUAGCAGUUUUAAAAAUGAAUAUAUUUUUUCUAACUUAUAUUAGAGAACUCUGAAAAAAAUUUGGAGCAUGCCUCUGCUCACAAUCACAGCAAGAACCCUUAUUUUGGCGUUAAUUCUUGCCUCAUUGGCAACGGAUAUUCUGUAAUCACAAUACCAUUUAAUCUACGAGAUUAUUUUAUAUUAUGCCAACAUGUACAUGACCCAUAUAUAUAAAUGCUAAAUGGGCUAGAACUGGAAUCUCUCAAGGAGGAGAAACUGGGAACUUGGCAACCUAUGAGAUUCACAAAGGAUCCCUCACAUGCGCACCCAACCUUCACUUCUCCAAACAAGAUUCCAGAAAAUGCAGCUAAACCACAAAGGCAAGUGAUCGGGUGCUCAUCUACUACAUAUUCAAGGGGAUAUUUAAGGGACAGAAGUCAACACUUAUAACCAUGUGUCUGGUCGACAUUAAGAAUCUCUUUCACCAUAAUGAUUUUCUUCCAUGCUGAACAGCAGACAGAUAAGCAAAGGAAGCGUGACGUAGUCAGGCCAAAUAUAUGUUGUUCUUCAAAGGGAAGUGAAUGACUACCAAAAGCCACAUGCAAAAUUCUAGUCAUUUUACUCAAGUGUGUUGCUCCUCGUGCUUCUGUAGGACUACCUGUGAGAAUGCAACUAGAACAGAGUCUCUUCGAAGGUUGGGAAUGACGAAUAUGGACAGCAACCCAGUGGACCAUACAAGCAAAAAUGGAGAAAUAACUGCUCAGAGCCUGUCAGAGGCUCUUCUUUGCAUUCAAGCAGGUAGGGGAGAAAAGUGAGGCUAUUUUUUUGAGCUUGACUGAAAACCAGGGGGGAGGGAGGACAGAGAAUAGCUGGAAGGAAGGUAAUACUUCAUGCGAAAACAAACACUACUGCAAUAUGAAGAGGCUUUUGCCAUUAUGACUUUCUAAACCAUGCAGCCUGAGAGCGUAUACCAGGAAAGAGUGAAGCUGGCCUCAAUGAACGCAGUUUUUAAGAAAGGUCACCUUACUAUCAUUUUUAUUUAUUUAAUGUAUGUUGGCAGACAAUACCUACAGACGGUUGGUGACCACUGGAGUAUUUGCAAACCAUAAGCAACAAGGUCAUACAUGCAACAGUAUAGGGUCAACCCUGUUUGGCUUUUUUGAAAGCACUGCAAACAGAGGUAGGAAUUUGGAAUUUAUUAGAGAAACAGAACUACUCCCACUUUGGACUUCUAUCUGUCCCAAACUGAUUCAAGUGCGGACAAUGUGAAAAAAUGUAUAGAGCAGCUGAACAGAAUGACAGGUUUGACGAAGAGAGACAGAAGAAGAACACAUCAAAGCACUAUGUAACACACUAAAGGUGAAACGUGGACAUUUUUUCCCUUGGAAAUCUAAUCUAAUCUAAUGUGUUUGUCAUCAAACUGCCUGGACUUAACAUAUCCCGUAGAAGGAAACAUGACAUAUGAUAUUGUAUUGGGUCUAUGUGGCAAGGCUUUGGCAGUGGGGAAACUGCAGGAAUGGCCUCCAUGAGAAGCUACAGGCUUCCCCCAUGCCAGACACAGCUGCUUCCAGCCAGCUCCGAACCAGAACCACCACAGCACACUGCUGAGCCGCACAGCAAAGCCGAUGGCGCCUCUGUGAAAACGUAUUUAAGAAAAGGUAAAAAAUGCUACACAGCAGCUGUGAGAGAGAAGAAUAAGAAAAACAUCAGAGAAACAGCUCUGCAGACACCAAGGUCAGUGGGGAAGGAGAGGAGGAGGUACUCCAGACACUGCAGCAGAUUCCCCUGCGGCCCAUGGAGAAAACCAUGGUGGAACGGGUUGUCCCUCUGCAGCCCAUGGAGGACCAUGCCAGACAAGAUAUCCACACUGCAGCCCUAUGGAGGAUGCCAUGCUGCAGCAGGUGGAUCUACCCUGAAGGAAGCUGCAGCCCACAGUGUGUCCAUGCAAGUUCCUGGCAGGAAAUGUGGCCCACGAGGGACCCACACUGGAGCAGCCUUUUCCAGAUGGACUGUACCCCAUGAAAAGGGCCCAAGGUAGAGCAGUUCUUGGAAGAGCUGCAGUCUGUGAGAAGGAACCAUGUUGGAGCAGCUCAUGAAGGGCUGUAUCCCACAGGAGGGACCCCAUGCUGCAGCAGGGGAACAGUGUGAAGAGGAACAAGCAGCAGAGAUGAAGGUUUAUGAACAGGCUGCAAUGUCCAUUCCCUACCCACCCCACACCGUUUGGGGAGGGAGAAGUAGAAAUUCAGGAAUGAAGGAAUGAAGUUGAGCCUAGGAAGAUGGGAGAGGUGGGGGGAAGGUGUUUGAUUUUUUUUUUUUGGUCUUUGUUUCUUACCGUCCUAAUCUAUUUUUAAUCGGCAAUAAAUUGCUCUUCCCCAGGUUGA